CACUCGGCUGUGCUCACGGAGCUAAUUCAUUAUUUUACCAGCACAACUUUGGUUUCCCGACGAAAUUGCCGACAACAUCACACCGCCGGCAACCGUUUACCGGCGUGAGACAAUUCCGGUGGGAGUGCCUCCCACAGGGAAUAGCCUAUCAGCUAAAAAUCUCACGUGAAUAUGCUGCCGCCUGCCAGUCUCAAUCUAUAACGAGGAAAAAAAUAAAAUUCUAGCCGAAGGUAUUUAGUCAGAGGAAUCGACAAAACUAAAAUAAGCAAUAAGGUUCCUUUCUAAUCUGCGAAAGGGAAGGCUUGGAAGCGUAAAACCCUGAUUACAAGUUGUUGGAAAUUUGUAUUGAGGGAGAAUGACCAUGCCAAUGUCAUUGGCGAAGUCUUUUGGUUCGAGCCGGGGAACCCCCAGAUUAAUUGCGCAUGGAGCAGCAUUUUAUUCGCUGAGAGCUGUUGGAUCCAAACUCAUAUCACUCCAACACCCAGUAUUUCCCAAGCCUUCCUCUUUUGCUUGGACUGGAACUGCGCGCUGCAUGGCACAUGCUGCUGUUUUAAAGGAGGCUGUUCAAACAGACAAGGCACCGGCAGCAUUGGGUCCUUAUUCACAAGCAAUCAAAGCUAACAAUCUUGUAUUUGUUUCUGGUGUUCUAGGUCUUAUUCCUGAGACUGGAAAGUUCAUUUCAGAUGGUGUGGAGGAGCAAACUGAACAGGUUCUGAGAAACAUGGGAGAGAUCUUGAAAGCAAGUGGUGCAAGCUAUUCUUCAGUUGUCAAAACAACUAUUAUGUUGGCAGAUCUGAAUGAUUUCAAGAAAGUGAACGAGAUUUAUGCAAAGUAUUUUUCAUCGCCUGCACCAGCUCGCUCUACUUAUCAAGUUGCAGCGUUACCAUUGAAUGCAAAGAUUGAAAUAGAUUGUAUUGCAUCCCUAUAGGGUCUGGGUCAGCUACUUGCUUUAAAUUGGCUCACCCGUUUCUGUUGGUGAAGAGCAUUUGCAAUCUUUUCAGGAUAUUGGCCUCUUGUACAAAGAUAAUAAUUUUAACCUUGACACUGAAAACAACUGGUCAGAAAUGAAAAUAUUGCAGUUCCUGUCAUUUUCAUGCAUUUUUCAGAAAAUGCAAAACCAAGAGAGUUGAUUAAGGAAUUCUAUAUUCCUCUUUUAUGCAUCAGGUGAGUUGAUUGACUUAAGGAAUUCUGUAUUCCUCUUUUAUGCGCCUUUUGUUAAUGUAUGCAUCAGAUGGGAUCAUAUUGUACUUGGUAUGGUUUAAAAAAUCAAUAGCACUAAAACUAUCUGUGAUACA